AUGCUCCUGAAAUGUUUAUAUGAAAAAGUCGGCUUGCCAUCCCCACCUCCUUACCUGGCCAUCUCCUCCAGCUCUAACAAACCUGAAGCAUUCCUCAAUGGCGUUAACUUCGCCUCCGGUGGUGCUGGAAUCUUAGACAGCACCCACAAAGGCGAGUGCCUCUCCCUGAACAAACAAAUAGACUACUUCUCCAUUUUAUAUGCUUCAAUUGUGGAGAAAAAUGGAGCCGUUUCAGCAAUUUCUCUCCUCUCCAACUCCAUCUUCAUCCUCAUCAUAGGAAGCAAUGACAUCUUUCUCUAUCUCGGCAACAUGAAGAUCACUCCUCAGCAAUUUUUAGCCUCUCUCAUCUCCACUCUGCAAUUACAGCUACAAAAGAUGUACAAUCUCGGGGGCCGCAAAUUUGUAUUCGUGGGCACAGGUCCUCUAGGAUGUUGCCCAGCUCUCAGAGUUCAGACUAAGACUGGGGAUUGUAAUGCAAUGGCCAAUUAUGUGCUGAUCUCUAUAAUGAUGCAGCAAUUUCUCUUCUGAAGAUGAUGAAGUCUCAGCUCAGUGACUUCAACUAUUCCUUCUUGGACACCUGCCUUGCUCUGCUACAACUGAUUCAGAACUCAGAUAGUUAUGGAUUUACGGAGGUGAAGGCAGCUUGCUGUGGGCUGGGAAACUUGAAUGCAAAGUUGCCAUGCUCGCCUAUCUCUUUCGUCUGUCCAAACAGGAAAAACCAUAUAUUCUGGGAUUUAUACCAUCCGACGGAGGCCGCCGGCGAGAUCAUCGCCACAGAUGCUGUUGAUGGGGAGCCACCACUUGUUUAUCCUUCGAAUGUGAGGCAGUUGAACGCUCUUUGAUCUGGGAGCAUCUUUUAAUGAUGCUUCAUUGUGAAAUUGCGUUGGUUCAAAGUGGUGAUAAGUUGAAUUUUUGUUUGGCUCUAUUGGGGAUUAUUAGGUGGUGUUUGGCAGCAUAUUAAUAAUAGGA